AAAUGAACUGAGGGAUGUAUAUCGAAUGGUUUUGAUUGUUAAGAGAGGUAAAGUAUCUGAUUUUACGGUUAAUUGGAGAAAAACAGAUUCGGGCAGUAGUUCAGAGAGACAAAAUGGAUUUUUCCUUUUAAAAAAGAGAAAGGCCCAAUCGAACAGGCACAGGCAGCAGAAGCCCAUUCCUCUUGCAAACUUUGCCCAGGGGAUCCAGCAGCCUCUCACUCAACAACCCAAACCCCACGCCGGCGACCACUCCCCACUCAUGGCCGGCGACCCUCCAACCCCAGCCGCCCGUGCGGCGGAGGCGAACACCGAGGCGUCCCGCCUCCUGGCACUGGCAGAGUCCGAGCUCUCCGCGGGCCGCCUUCGUGCGGCGCGGAAGCACGCCCGCCGCGCCGCCCUCCUCGACCCGGCCUCCCCGCGCGCCGCCCUCAUCCUCACCGCCGCCUCCGUCCUCCUCGCCGACGCUUCCUCCCACCACGCAGUUAUCCUGCUGCCCUCGUCCUCGCCGCUCUCCGCCUCCGCUCUCCGCCGCCACUUCAAGUCCCUCGCCAAAUCCCUCCGCGUCCACCCCGACGACGCCGUCUCCUCGCCCGCCGUCGCCCGAGCCGCCGAGGAAGCGCUAGGCCGCGCCGCCUCCGCCUACGAGGCGCUCACGGCGCCCGCCCCAGUCCCGGCCACCUUCUGGACGGCCUGCGCCGGCUGCCGCCUCCUCCACGAGUUCGAGCGCAAGUAUGUGGGGUUCCGUCUCAUCUGCCCGUCCUGCCGCCGGAGCUUCCUCGCCACCGAGGUGCCGCCUCCUCCGGAGAUGGAAUCCCCUGCACCUGCGCCGCCGCCGGCCAAGAAGCCCAAGACCGAGAAGCCGGAGAUGACGCUCGCCGAGAUGCAGCUCCUGCUCGCUAAGAGAAGAGGAGCGAAGGACCACAAGGCUCCCAAGAGCUCAUCCAGAAGCGAGGCGGAGGAAGAGGACGACGAUGAGGUCGCGGAGGAGGAGAACAACCGUUUUGAGCUGAUGGCCGUUGAGGACUCUGACUUCUACAAUUUCGACGCCAACCGCGGUGAGAGGUGCGUCAAGAAAGGUCAGGUGUGGGCAUUGUACGGCGACGACGACGGCAUGCCACGACACUAUGCAUUGGUGGAUGGGGUGCUUCGAGGCAGCCAAUUCCGCGCACAGAUACGGUGGCUGGAUGGGGUGGAGGGGAAGCCAUGUGGGCAGUUCAAGGUUGGGAGAUUGGAGACUCUGCAUUCAGUGAACGUCUUCUCCCACCUGGUCGCCUGUGAGAGGGCAGCGAGGGAGCUCUACCGGGUUUACCCUAGGAAGGGCUCGGUCUGGGCGCUCCAUGGCAGUAAGGAGGGCAAUGCAGGGAGGAGAAAGUACAAUAUUGCGGUGUUCCUCAGUGGUUACAGUGAGCUGUAUGGUGCCAGCUUCGGCUACCUAGAGAAGGUGGAAGGUUUCAGGAGCAUCUUCACACGCCGGGACAUUGGUAGCCAUGCUGUCCACACCCUGCAGAAGGGUGAUCUUGGGGCACUUUCGCAUCAGAUACCGGUGAGGAAAGUGUCCAAGGGUGAAGGUUCAACGCUGCCUCCCGGGGAUUGCUGGGAGCUUGAUCCUGCAUCCUUGCCUGCCGAGUUGCUGCGUGUCGAACCACGGAAAUGAUAAAGGUUGGAAGUAGUUUAGUUGAUAUAGGAGUGUUCAUAGCAUAGAAAUUGCGGAAGAAGGUUGUAGGUUUGGUCUGCCCUGUCAGAUGUUGUGAAGAUGCAUCUGCUUUGCCAACUCUAGCUGGGCAUUGCUCCUUGUUUAUGAUUCUUCUUCAGGUUGGGGUUUAGAGAGCUUGAUAGUUGUAGGUUUGGUCUGCCCUGUCAAAUGUUGUGAAGAUGCAUCUGCUUUGUCAACUCUAGCUGGGCAUUGCUCCUUGUUUAUGAUUCUUCUUCAGGUCGGGGUUCAGAGAGCUUGAUAGUUGUAGGUGUUUCAGUGCCAGUUCUGCUGUCCACAGAUUGCACUGUAUGAAAUAUUGAAAUAAAUGAUCUUUAGAUAUUGACUGGACACUGCUGUAGUAAAGAAUGAUUUUUAGGAA